CUUUUCCCCUGUAUAUAUACGCAUUUAUAUUUUUUUCCCUGCAGCCCUUCUCCCCCAAUUUCUGUUGUUCUCCCUUUCAGUUUUCAUUUUUUUUAAUAUUAUAUUUUUCAAUGGCUUCACCCUCUCAAGCCAGUCUCCUCCUUCAGAAACAGCUCAAAGAUCUGUGCAAAAACCCUGUGGACGGAUUUUCGGCCGGAUUGUUGGAUGAGACCAAUCUAUUUGAAUGGAGUGUUACUAUUAUUGGGCCUCCUGAUACUCUGUACGAAGGAGGUUUCUUCAAUGCUAUAAUGAGCUUCCCAUCAGAUUACCCGAACAGUCCUCCUACAGUAAGAUUUACCUCAGAAGUCUGGCAUCCCAAUGUAUAUGCUGAUGGAAAGGUUUGCAUUUCGAUUCUUCACCCUCCUGGGGAUGAUCCAAACGGCUAUGAGCUUGCUAGUGAACGAUGGUCACCUGUCCACACGGUGGAGAGUAUAGUUCUUAGCAUCAUAUCGAUGCUUUCAAGCCCUAAUGAUGAGUCUCCUGCUAAUGUUGAAGCUGCUAAGGAAUGGAGAGAUCGAAGGGAUGAUUUCAAGAAGAAAGUUAGUCGUUGCGUAAGAAGGUCUCAAGAAAUGCUUUGAGCGAAAUUUCCAAAUGCUGCUCCAUGCUCUACUUCCUGAAACAAAAAAGUUGGUGUCGACUGAAGAAUGGGGCCUUCCUUUGUUUCACUGACUUGUGCAAACAAUUCGAUUUUAUAACGAUCAUACCCUAUCAUCUCUUAAUGGCUUUUGUGUUUUGGCCUAUUCGAUUCGAGUUUGUUCAAGUAGAACCCAUUCACAGUUGCACAUGGACUUGAUGAAAUUCUAUGAGGAAUGUUUUUGACUGCUGCUCGUCGUCCAGUAUUGGCUGCUUGUAAGACUUUGUAAUUAUGGACGGCUACUUUUCCUUGCACCCCUUUGGUUUGUUGAUGAUAGUGUGUAAAUCCCAUCAUUCAACAUUUACAUUUUCUUUCCUGCUUAGGCUUUCCAAUAGACUUGAUAUUUGGGAUUCAAUUGCUAGGUCGACUGAGAAUCCUCGUUUGGGAGAGAGUUGGUUGGGAGGAAGUGCAUUCUUUGAAGUGGAGGUGGUAGGUUAGUUGAAAUGGGUGUGGGUAUUUGGUAUUAUUAUAGAAAUAAAAUCUGUUCAUUUUGCUUA